UUCUGCCCCAAAAAAUCUAAUCUUAGAAAGUUCAAUUCAAGUGAAUAAUAAAUAAAUAAAAAAGAUUGCAAAACACUGUGUAUUCUUCUCUCUCCUCCAUUGCCACCAGCAACAAGUAACAAUGGCUGAAGCUUUCACAAGUUCCACCUUCACAAACCUUCAUAUCCCUUCAUCCUCCAAUUAUUCGCCUAAGCAGAUUUCAGGGCCAAAUCAUGGAUUUUGGCUAUCUAUGAAAGUUAAUGACAAGAGGGAAAAGAAUCCGAUGAGAGGAAGCUUAUGUAUAAGAAAGGCAUUGCCACAUGAUUUGCCAUUAAUGGCUGUGAUGGUUCAACAAAUUGAAGGGAUGCGUGACAUCAUUACAGAGAAACACGUGUGGCAUCUAAGUGAUAAAGCCAUCAAGAAUGUCUAUAUGUUCUACAUCAUGUUCACUUGUUGGGGAUGUUUGUACUUCGGUUCGGCAAAAGAUCCAUUCUAUGACUCAGAGCAGUACCGUGGAGAUGGAGGUGAUGGAACUGGAUAUUGGCUCUAUGAAACUCAAGAAGACAUAGAAGAGAAAGCAAGAGCAGAGCUAUGGCGUGAAGAACUAAUCGAAGAGAUUGAACAGAAAGUUGGUGGUUUAAGAGAGCUCGAAGAAGCUGUUAAUAAGUAGCAAACUAACUUGUAAAUCAUAAACAAAUAUACUCUCUUUUUCUUGAUAACGGUCAUAAACCACUCUUUCAUUUGUAUAAUACUAUGUGUUAUCUGUUUCUUUGCUGUGUUGUUGUUUGAAUCAUUGAAUGAACAUGUUAGGAGCAAUCGUCUAAUUCAGAUUUUUGUCUCAAUAAUUUUAAAAUUUGCCAUAUAUAUAAACAAUUACUCAAUUGGGGCGAAAUUAA